AUGUCUACCUACGACGAUCACGCCACUGAGUCGAAGUCUAGCCGCUCGAACGUAGUCGAUGAAGAGAAGAGCGGCGGAGAAGAACAGCAGGUUGUCGGGGCCGCCACAGGCCUGAGUGAGAAAGGAAGUGAGCCGACCACAGAACAGGCGGCACUGGUCGACUGGGAGGGCCCUGGCGACCCAGAAAGCCCUUUGAACUGGCCCAGCUGCACACGAAUGACACAUGUUCUGAUGGCUAGCGCACCGACACUUCUGGCCAACGUCACCACGACUGCCUUUGCACCCGCAGCUGGAUCGCUUCAGAGAGAAUUUGGGAUCACAGAUAAGACUGUCGGGGCACUUACAGUUACUAUAUAUCUGCUUGGCUAUGGCUUUGGGCCGCUGCUCAUCGCCCCGCUUUCUGAGCACUACGGCCGCCUCCCCAUCUAUCACGCGACCAACACCGGCACAGUCGGAGCCGGCACGAUUGCGGAUGUCAUGCCGCCGGAGCAGAGAGGCCGCGCCCUGGGCAUCUUCUCGAAGCUGGACUGGCGCUGGGUAUUUCGGAUCAUCUACUUUGCGACUGCCGUCAUGGCGGUGGCCAUGCUUAUGGCUAUGCGUGAAACAUAUGGACCGGUGCUUCUGAAGAGGAAAGCAGAACGUAUUCGCAAAGAGACCGGGAACCUGGCGCUGCACACUCGUUUUGAGCAGCAGAACAUGAGCCCGCUCCGCUCGCUGUGGCUCGCUCUGCAGCGCCCUACCUACAUGCUUAUCUUCUCGCCCAUUACGCUGUUUCUCUCGUUGUAUUGCGCAUUCGUCUUUGGUCUCUUAUACCUCCUCUUUACUACCUUUGCGUCUGUCUUCUCCGAACAAUACAACUUUAGCUCAGGUAUUCCCGGUCUGGCCUACUUGGGUGUGGGUCUUGGGAUGGCCGUUGGGGUCGCCCUGUUCAGUAUCCUGUCAGAUAGGGUCGCCAGUAAGAACCAAGAAAAGGCCAGCGGUGAGCCGUGGAAACCGGAGAGACGGCUUUUGCUAAUGGUCUAG